AUGGCAAGGUGCCCUAAGCAGAGGAAGAAGGUUGUCAUUGCUGCAGUGUCCAUGUACUUGGAGCUCUUGCUCAAUUUCAUCAAGCUCCUUGUACAAUAUUAUGAUGCGUUAGAAGCUGAAGGUGCGCAGAUGUUAGAGCAUGUUUGUUCUUGGGAGACACCAAUAGGUAGACAAUUAGCUAGGAACUCUUUUAUGCGGUGUAUCGUUUCCCAUGGCGACAUAUCUUGCACCAUGCUUGUUAGAAUGAACUGUAGGACUUUUCAGAAGCUUUGUAAGCUUCUUAGAGAUGAGGGUGGCCUUAGGUGUACUUGGAACAUUGAGAUAGAUGAAAUGGUUGCAAUUUUUCUUUACACCAUAGCCCAUAACGAGAAGAAUCGUCAACUUCAAGUUACCUUUCGUCGUUCAGGAGAAACGAUUUGUAGGGUGAUCAAGAGUGUUCUUCGUUCGGUUUUGAAACUUCACUCUAUCUUACUUCGUAAACCCAAGCCGGUUCUUGAAAAUUCAGAUGAUCCAAAAUGGAAGCACUUCAAGAAUUGCCUUGGAGCACUUGAUGGGACAAUAGUCAAUGUACGUGCAACGAAAGAAAAUCAAGAAAGAUACCGUACUCGUAAGGGAAUGUAUUGA